GUUGCGGUGCUGGGGCUGUUUCCCUGCAGAGAUAAGGGGCCAAACCAAGAGCUGGCUGCGGCAUCUGGGCCCCGGGCUGUGAUUUAUGGCAGGAUGCGUGGGAAUAACCGAGGGAGAAAUGUCGCUGAGUCUCCUGAAUGUGUCUUCCUCUCCUGGAGUUGAGGAGAUUUCCAAUGCCUCGUAAGGGCGGAGGCAGAUGGCAAAGGGACAGGAUGGAAGUGUUUGGAAUUGGCCCCGCUGAGUCCCCUGCCAAGCCUGGACCUGCGGGAUGGAGCUGUCGUGAAGGUCCGGGUGCAGCCGAGCACUGUCCCCACAUCCUGCCCGGUGCUGGGGAUGCUGCGCAGAGCUGUGAGAGCCCCGCAGCAGAGCUGAGGACAGAGCACGAUUCUGCCAACGCAUCACCCAAAACUCUCUGCACCACCUGGAGACUGCUGCUGCUGCUGCUCGGGGUCACGGGGCUGCUGGCGGUGGCAGUGGUUGGGGCCUGGCUGCUGGGGCAGCACGUCUGGGAUCCACAGCCACACCAGGGCUUGGCCAAGCCACAGGCAUCAGACCUGUUCGCAGCUUGCAGCGAGGGCGAGGAGGAGGAGCCCGUGGUCCGCGGGGCGCCUGGAGGAGUUUUUUUCAGGAUCCAGGCGGGUGCCUCCCUGCUGGCGGUGCGGCCGCGGGACCGGCCCCGAUGGCUGCUGGCCUGCUAUGAGCGCUGGCGGCCCGCGCUGGGCACACGGCUGUGCCGGCACCUCGGGGCGCUCAGAGCGAUUCAUCAGAAAGGGGUGAAUCUGACGGACGUGGCGGUGGAGGACGGGCAGGAGUUUGCCCAGAUGGGGUCCAGCCUGGCGGAUGCGUGGCAGGUCAGGAGCAGCUGUGAGUCGGGCCGCGUCGUGGCUCUGCAGUGCUCAGCCUGCGGGCAGCGCCCGGCACCCGGGGGCCGCGUGGUGGGGGGCAUGGACGCUGCCCCCGGGCGCUGGCCUUGGCAGGUGAGCGUACGCCAUGGCUCCCGGCACCGCUGUGGUGGCUCCGUGCUGGCACCGCGCUGGAUCGUCACCGCCGCCCAUUGCGUGCACAGCUACCGACGGCGGAGCGCCUCGGGCUGGAUGGUCCAUGCUGGCAUCACUCAUGGCUCGGCCAAGCAGGAGGCUGGAGUGCCCGUGGAGAGAGUUAUUUCUCACCCGCUGUAUAAUGAUAACAGCCUGGACUACGACAUCGCUCUGAUGAAGCUGCAGGUUCCCUUGAAUUUCUCAGACGCCAUCAGCGCCCUGUGCCUGCUGCCCUCCCACCAGGACCUGCUCCCGGGCACGCCGUGCUGGGUGUCGGGCUGGGGCUACACGAGGCCUGACCAAGCACAGCUCACCGAGACGCUGAAGGAAGCCCUCGUGCCCUUGAUCGGCACCCAGAGGUGCAACAGCUCGUGCAUGUACGCAGGAGAGCUCACGGCCAGGAUGCUGUGCGCCGGGUACCCGCAGGGGAAGAUCGAUGCCUGCCAGGGUGACAGCGGGGGGCCCCUGGUCUGCCAGGACGAGCUGGCGUGGCGCUUGGUGGGCAUCGUCAGCUGGGGCCGGGGCUGCGCCGAACCCAACCGCCCGGGGGUUUACACCAACGUGGCUCAGCUCCUGCCCUGGAUUUACCGCGUCACUGAGAUCCACUAGAAGCCAGGAGAAACCUCCCGCAGCAACACACGGCCCGCUGCACAUGUAAGCGAAGAAAAGCCCAGGAUGAAUUCACACUGUUCCUAUAACCCUAAAAGAACGGCCCCAGACACCACCAGAAAACAUGGCCAGUACAAAUACUUUAAUAAAGAAAAUAGCAAAUUACAUUUCUGUGAACAAUGCACGUGGGAGAA